CGUGCACAAGCUGCGGGACAUGGGAUGCAAAACGGUCAUCAUCACGCUCGGUGAGAAGGGAGCCGUGUUUGCCGAACCGCACAACCCCACCGUAUACCACGUGCAGCCAUUAAAGGUGAAGAGCGUUGUGGACACUACGCACUGGAAGCAACGAACACGAAGAGCGAGCACAAAAGCGGCUAGAUUCUUCGAAUUGAAAGUAUUUUUCCUCAACGCAACGGCAGCCUAGACGACUGGGACGGCAUGGAUAACACGGUUACACUGUACAAACAGCUGAAAACGGAAUGGACCAAGUCUCCGAUCAAUCUGAAAGUGUGUGGCAAAAUCUUGGACAAACUGAAGGUGGCACUUGCCGGAAUGUCGUACAUUCCCACCGGCAACACGCAGGCCAACCAGCAGGAGCUGCUCAUCGCACGAGAUGUCCUCGAGAUCGGUGUGGAGUAUAGCAUCGCCACCAAAAACAUCCCGGCGUUCGAGCGGUACAUCCUGCAGCUGAAGUGGUUCUACUAUGAUUACAACACAUUGAUUGGCGAGUCCAAGAACAAGUACCAGCUGCUGGGAUUGAACUUGCUGUUUCUGCUCUCCCAGAACCGGGUGGCUGAGUUUCACACCGAGCUCGAGCUGCUGCCCGCCGACAUUAUCCAAACGAAUGCGUUCAUCCGGCAUCCGCUGGCCCUGGAGCAGUAUCUCAUGGAGGGACGGUACAACAAAAUCUUCCAAGCGAAGGGUAACGUGCCGGCGGAAAGCUACAACUUCUUCAUCGACAUCCUGCUGCAGACGGUGCGCAACGAGAUCGGCGCCUGUUUGGAAAGCUCGUACGAGCGGAUCUCGCUGCAGGAAGCGGCGAAGCGUUUGAACCUCAAAACGAAGGAGGAAGUGAAGCAGUUUGGCGAGAACAAGGGUUGGAAGAUGAGUCCGGACGGGUUCUAUCAUUUCGUGAACGAGCUAGCCAAACCGAAGGAACCGAUACCAUCCCAGGAGUUGGCCGAACAGGCGAUCAUGUACGCACGGGAACUGGAAAUGAUCGUUUAGGCGGGCGAACGCCUUUGUUUCGAUAAUAACCUCUUAUAUAGCAAACGCUCCGAUGUUAUUUCGAUUCUCUUUUUCGAUCGGAAUAAACAAUACAAAGGAAG